GAACUUCACCCAAGAUGUCGAGAACUUGUUGGUCAAACAAUCAUGUUAAUCAGCCUUUGGCACUCCCAGACGAAGCAGUCCUAAGAUGUACAUGUGGACGUUCACCAGACUUCAAUGUACACCUUCCUUCAUUCAUGGACUUCUCACCCACAGAACUCCCGACAACUGGGAGCGUAACAACUGGAAGUACCACCUCAGAAAUACCGUCUACCACAUCGUCGGCAAGGCCGACCGCAAUGCCGACCAGAAAUGCAACUACUUUGGGAUAUACGAGUAUAGGGUUGUCUUCGAGAACUAUGACACCAGUUACACGACAUGAGCAAGAAGCAGGAGAAAACUCAGCGUCUACAUUAACAGGUGCUACACCCCAUACCCCCUUAGUACUUAAAAGCACAACCUAUGUGUUUUUGAGGACGCCAAAACCCACAGUUCCAACAGAUAAUACAGGUUUAUCGAUUUCCUCCUUGGAGAAUUACCAUUCCGUGAGUCCUUAUUCUGCAAGUACAGCCAGGACUGUAACGAAAGGUUCAUUUGAGGAUAGGGGUACAGGGUUUAAUUCAGAUAGUGUAAAUCAAACAUCACCGUCUAUUGAAGAGGGCAAGGGUAAUGAUUCCAAAGAUGGGUCUAGAAAAUCCAAUAAGGACGUUUCAGAAGGGACUACAGAAAAUUUACCCCUUGAUAAGAGAUCAAAAUCAUCACACUAUAUUUCUCCCUAUCCAAGCCCCCAAUCCAACAUAUUACCUACGAAUACGCUUCCGAUAUCCAAUCCGUCUAAUACAUCAGAAAGUGUAACCAAUGCGGAUUUUACGAAUCCUACAACAAAUGAUGCAGUUACACCUAAAAAGCCCUCAAGGAUAAAUCGUGUUACCAUGGCAACAAAAUCAUCUUCAAAUACGAAUUCUAGAACAUCAUCCACAAGUGUGAAAUCCGGGAGAAGUACUUCGGCUAUGGUUACAUCUUUGUCUUCCUCAGUGUUUUAUUCAUCUGUCUCCUCCUCCUCGUCGUCCUCAAGUGGUGGUAUCCAUGUAUCCUCAAGAAUCACUCCUGCACCUCAUCCUAAUUCAUCCGUAUCACCUGGUCUCAAUUCAUCUCGUGGUGGCUUUGGUGGUAAAUGUCUAGUAGUCCUUUCAUUGCAUUUGUUGCACAGUGCUUGCUGCAUGAAAAAUCAAGCCCAUCCAUCUUUUUGUUCAUGAUAUCUCCCUGACUAUCCAUCUGUUUUCUAUUUUAUUUUCUUAAUUCGUCCCUCCUCCAUCCUCUUAUUUCUUCUUCAUCAUCCUCAAUUUUCCCUUUUCCAUGUUCACAGUCUCUUUUCUCAAGUCAAAAUUAUUUCACUUCUCCUAAUCUCCUCUCCUAUCACCAUCUCACGUUCCUCCAUGAUUAUGCGUCUUAAUUCCUGUUAUCUCCAUCCACUAUUCUUCAAUAUUCUCAAAAUUUCUCAAUUUCUCGCGAUGUAUACUUCAUUUAACAUUUCCUUUGCUGUUCUUUUUUUAACGACAUAUAUCCCUGAAAAGGUGAAAUGGUGGACCUUGUUAAUUUUUUUUGCCUUCAAAAUGUUCAGUUUUGUUUGCUUUGUUUGAAAAGCAAUUUAUUAUGAGGAGAAGUAUUUAGAUUCUAUGUCGAUUAAUUAAACUUCAGUUAUUUUAAAAAUUUCGCAAAUUAUUUUGAGCGACAGAUAAAAGAAUUGUAUCAGGAAUGGCCCUUCAUAUACUAGGUGUAUACGUUGUCCCGCAGCCUAAAAUAGAUGUCAUAAAAAUUCAUAAAAAUGUUAUGAUUCACCUUACCCUGGGAGUGUGAAAGGCAGUUUUGUACAAAAUUAGUUAACAAAACUUGGAAAAUUAAAACAAUGUACCAAAUAAAAUAAUGAUAGAGUGUACAGGUUUCACGGUACACCAUGUAACUUUCAUGGGCAAUUGUUAGUCCUGAAAGUACUACCCACAUCUUUGCAUAAUUCUUGUCGAUAUGUUUUAACCAUUGGUGCUAAGAUAAGAAAAUUUAAGGCAAUGUUUAACUUUAGAAUCUGCUGUUCCGAUAUUUUUCUUUUUAGGAACAACUGAUUAAAUUAUGUUUUUAGCUUACCCUGUAUUUUAUUUUCCACCACUAUUUCCUCUUCCUGCUUUCCCUGUGAAACACUUUCCCCAUCUCUUAGUGCAUUCAGAAAGCAUUUUGCCAAUCCUUUUAGUCGAACGCUUGCAUCAGAUUUCUUUUCUUUUUACAUUCACAAUGUCAUUUUUUUUUGCUUGCAAGCACGUAACAUUGCUCGUUGCAUUGAACGUUCAUUCCUCAUGUGCUCCAUAAUACUCAUUUCUAGAUUUAAAAAAGCAGGUUAUGUCCUUGUGAUGUUUCUCAGUCUAAAAAGAUUAAAUAGAAAUUCGCCCAAGAAAAUGAAUAAUCUAACUGUUUGGUAAUAUUUCGUUUUAUGUAGGCAAAAAUUAUAUUUUACUGGUAAAUUAAAUUGCAAUACUUGGUAUAUGCUCAAUCAUUAAUUUUGGUAUAAUUUUUCCAAAGGUAAACACGGGAAUGCUUGUUUAAAAGCAAAUAUCUGGUAAACCAUUUAAAUCAUUUGACAUUUAGUAUAAUGUCAUAUUCAUUUUCUUAUAGUCUUUUGUUUACAAUUAUUCAUGGUUUACAAUUAUUUCUCCAAGUAUUAUGCUCUCUCUAUAUGCGUAUUCAAAUUCACCAAUUGGUAAACAACAGUCCUUCAAAUUUUGGUUGCUCAUUUAAACUCUGCUCUGAUCGAUCCUGAAUAUUGGCUUCUUUGAAAUCACGUUUAUAUAAAGCCGUGUUUCUUAAUAUCUCACACAAUAUACAUGAGAUUUAAGCGAGAUACUAUGAUUAAGAAAAUAUUAACAUUGUGCCAAUUUUAUUUUCAAUGGCGCCAAAAGAUUUAAUUAUGAUAAUAAUCCAGUUAAGGAGGUAUAUAUCUAUCUUAAAUGUACCUGAUUUCUAGUGACUUUAUCAGUUUCUCCAAAUACCUUCUACGCCUACCCCACAUCUUUAUUCGUAAAAAAAAACAACCUCAAGCAAAUUGACGUUUUAUUGCAAAGUCAGAUUGCAUUUUCACUUUCAAUUAUUUUAAGCCUUGAAUACAUGUUUUCUGUCCCUAUUUUCCCGCCUCCGACUCUCCACACGCUGAUAAUGCAGCUUACAACGUCGUAGUGAGACGGGAUUUGUAUUUCUUGUACAGAUUUGAACCUUGGGAAAUAAUUGUUGGCUAUCUUAUAACAGAGUAAAAUGUUCAUAAUUGUGGUGAUUAGUAUAAUCUGUGGACAUUAUUUUAUAUUCAGAGUUUGGAAUCAGAGAUGAUUAACGUAUCUCUAGAGUUCUUAUUACAAGAAGGAGAGCAAUUAUUUUGAUUCAUUUUCAAGAUAUCUGUUUCAAGGGUUUAUGAAAAUGGAAUCGAAAAAAAUACCACAAGACUAGUAAUGUUAUCUCCAUUUGGUCGAUACAAACUGUACAUUUUUCUCUAUCCAAGUAUGUUCUCUCUGAUAUUUGGUUCUCCAUCGUUGAAGUGUUUCCCAAUAAAUAAAUACUUAUAUGAACAUUAUCCACGCUACAUGUAUAAUGUAAAUAGAUUUAAACGCGCGCCCGAGGGAUGUCUUUGGUGAUGACUCCAUUAGCUUGAAACAAAUUGAUCGAAAUUAAUCUGUGUCAAUACACUUAGCAAGAAAUGUCAUGACACCCGUAGUAUCAUAAGAGGAUAAAAAAAAUAAUCCCGACAUUAUUCUUUACAAAUACAUAUAGUGUUGGGAGAGGGGUAUGAUGUAAUCACAUUCUGAGGGGCAUUUAUCCGAAUUCUCUGUUACACCGUUUAUUAACAAAAUAGCAGUAUAGCAUCGGUGCAGAUUGGGGACAUUUUUUUCGUUUUUCUAUUGUAUAAACUUUAACGUGUUCCAAAUUUUUUCGUGUUUAUGAGAUACAUUCUCUUACUUCCAUAUUGCAAACAUUACCUUGUUUAUGAGAAAUCGUAAAUAAAAAAAAACUACAUAGUGUGUUUAGAAUAUAAACUUGAACGCAGCCAAGGAGAUCCAUCCAUGAAUGUAUCUCGGCAAGAGAUUUUCAUCUUUCCAACUUCCAAGAUUAAUCAUGAUCACCAAGAGUACCACGACCCAUUUCGGGUUGAAAAUUAAUAUUGUUUGAAAGCAAAAGUUGUCAAAAUAUUGACAUUUAUGGUAUCCAUCUUUGGCGCUCUGGGGAUCUGUUGCCACUGGUUGCGGGAGAGAGAGAGGGAUAGAGGGGGAGAGAGGGGAGACGAAUCAAUUUGGUUGCUAAGGGCAACAUGCAGUCUCACUUCAUUAUUGCUUACGUGAGUUGCAAAGUGAAGCUCAUCCCUUGAUUGUUUUGCCUACUUGGGACGAAAGAUUGUGUAAUUAGGUUGGGAAAAUCGGAAGAGCAGUUUUGUAAUAUCGGCAACAUGUGUGAAAUUCUAUGAGGAAGUGUCUUUUAAUGAAAUCAUUUUCUUGAUUGGUUCUCAUCUGGCUGUAUAUUCCUCUGUUAGUAAUGUUUCGAAACAUAUCAGAUUCUUCAUCAAAAUAUGUAGCUUAAUGUCUUCAGCGUUUUCAACUGUCGACGUCUUAUAAUGCUCAUUCAUUGUUCAAUAUUUCAUGUUUACUCGACAAAUUUCAAUCAUUGAAAGAAACGUUCAUGUUAAAAGUCAGAAUAUUUUCAGGAUACUUCUUUGAUCCGUCAUUUAGUUUGUCUCGGCGAUAUUCAUGAAAUAUAUGGUAAUAGAAAUUUGUA